AUGUGUGGGGUUUUAACUAAAGCAAUCAACCCUAUUUAAAAAUAUAUUUAAUUUUCAACUAAUUUUUAUCUACCUUUAUAUUCUUUUUUUCUUGAUUUUUUCUAACUAUUUCAAAUAAAAAUCCUAAAUAUUAUUAGUUCGAAUUCAAUUGGUGAUGAAGGCACCAUAAGCUUGGGUUCAAGCUUGGCUGAUUGUACUAAUCUCACAAAUUUGACACUCUAUUUAUAGAAUAGUAUAAUUAGUGAUUAAGGCGCAUCAAGCUUGAGUUCUAGCUUGACUGACUGUGCUAAUCUUAAAAGUAUAGCACUUUACCUAAGCUAAAAUUUAAUUACUCACAAGGGCAUUUUAAGUAUAUGUUCUAGAUUGGUUCACUGUAGUUAACUAACAACUUUGAUGCUUGAUCUAAGUUACAAUUAAAUUGGUGAUGAAGGUGCAUCAGGCUUAGGUUCUGCAUUAUCAAAUUGCAUUAAUCUCUCAAAUUUGACACUUAACCUUUAUGGAAAUUAAAUUGGUGAUGAAGGUGCAUCAAGCUUAGGUUCUGCUUUAGCAAAUUGCAUUAAUCUAUCAAAUUUGACACUUGGCCUUGAUUCUAAUUAAAUUGAUCCUAUUGGUGCAUCAGGCUUAGGUUCUGCUUUUGCAAAUUGCAUUAAUCUCUCAAAUUUGACACUUAACCUUUAUGAAAAUUAAAUUGGUGAUGAAGGUGCAUCAGGCUUAGGUUCUGCUUUUGCAAAUUGCAUUAAUCUCUCAAAUUUGACACUUAACCUUGAUGAAAAUUAAAUUGGUGAUGAAGGUGCAUCAGGCUUAGGUUAUGCUUUAGCAAAUUGCAUUAAUCUAUCAAAUUUGACACUUAACCUUUAUUCUAAUUAAAUUGGUCCUAUUGGUGCAUCAGGCUUAGGUUCUGCUUUUGCAAAUUGCAUUAAUCUCUCAAAUUUGACACUUAACCUUGAAAGGAAUUAAAUUGGUGAUGAAGGUGCAUCAGGCUUAGGUUCUGCUUUAGCAAAUUGCAUUAAUCUAUCAAAUUUGACACUUAACCUUUAUUAAAGUUAAAUUGGUGAUGAAGGUGCAUCAGGCUUAGGUUCUGCUUUAGCAAAUUGCAUUAAUCUCUCAAAUUUGACACUUUACCUUUAAAGGAAUUAAAUUGGUGAUGAAGGUGCAUCAGGCUUAGGGUCUGCUUUAGCAAAUUGCAUUAAUCUCUCAAAUUUGACACUUAACCUUGAAUACAAUAAAAUUGGUGAUGAAGGUGCAUCAGGCUUAGGUUCUUCUUUAGCAAAUUGCAUUAAUCUCUCAAAUUUUACACUUGGCCUUAUGAUUCGAACCCCCGAUAUCACUGCUAAGACCCUCCGACUCGCCCACUCGAGUCGCUUAGCCCUUCGUUUUUAAAUUGGUGAUGAAGGUGCAUCAGGCUUAGGUUCUGCUUUAGCAAAUUGCAUUAAUCUCUCAAAUUUGACACUUGACCUUUGUUCUAAUUAAAUUGGUCCAAUUGGUGCAUCAGGCUUAGGUUCUGCUUUAGCAAAUUGCAUUAAUCUCUAAAAUUUGACACUUAAACUUGAAAGGAAUUAAAUUGGUGAUGAAGGUGCAUCAAGCUUAUGUUCUGCUUUAGCAAAUUGCAUUAAUCUCUCAAAUUUGAGACUUUACCUUGGUGAAAAUUCAAUUGGUGAUGAAGGUGCAUCAGGCUUAGUUUCUGCUUUAGCAAAUUGCAUUAAUCUCUCAAAUUUGACACUUGACCUUAGUAGAAAUUAAAUUGGUGAUGAAGAUGCAUCAGGCUUAGGUUUUGCAUUAGCAAAUUGCAUUAAUCUCUCAAAUUUGACACUUGUCCUUGGUGAAAAUUCAAUUGGUGAUGAAGGUGCAUCAGGCUUAGUUUCUGCUUUAGCAAAUUGCAUUAAUCUCUCAAAUUUGACACUUAACCUUAAUAGAAAUUAAAUUGGUGAUGAAGGUGCAUCAAGCUUAGGUUCUGCUUUAGCAAAAUGCAUUAAUCUCACAAAUUUGACACUUGACCUUAGUUGGAAUGAAAUUAGUGCAAUUGGUGCAUCAGGCUUAGGUUCUGCUUUAGCAAAUUGCAUUAAUCUCUCAAAUUUGACACUUGUCCUUGGUGAAAAUUAAAUUGGUGAUGAAGGUGCAUCAGGCUUAGGUUCUGCUUUAGCAAAUUGCAUUAAUCUGUCAAAUUUGACACUUGACCUUAGUAAGAAUUAAAUUGGUACAAUUGGUGCAUCAGGCUUAGGUUCUGCUAUAGUAAAUUGCAUUAAUCUCUCAAAUUUGACACUUUACCUUUCGUAAAAACAGUUUAUUUGUUUUGGAUUGUGA